UCCAUCUCAUCCGUGUAUGUUUGGUUUACAUUUUAACGUAAAUUAAUAUAUUGUAGUAACUUCUCAUUAAAAUUAUAUUAGUUAAGUUAAACACUUCAUGUCCCUUAUUAGAUUUUAAUGGAGUGUAAGGCAAGUGAAAGUAAGAAAUUGUUUCAAGUGUUCGAUGCAACAAAACGUAAGCGUGGAAAAAAGAAAAGGGAAGAGGAAGGCAGGUCCUUAGCGCGAUCCGCUAGUGAUUGUACUACAAGCGACGGCGACGGUACUUUCGAGUCGGUGCCGCAUGAUCAGGGCUCCUUCAUCUACGCCUUCCUAGAAGAAGCUAUCAAAAGGGAUAAGAAGAAGCACCGUCAUGCUCGUCGCCAUGAAGACCGCGAACGCGGGGGUCGCGCGCGACCACCGUCCCCGAGUGAGUGGGAACCCCGCCUGCGCGACCAACGGGACCGCCGGGAACAUCGGGACCGGGACCACCGCCACCACCGGCGCCGUGACGAGUCGCCUAAGGAACUUGACAAGCCCCCAAAAAUUGUCAAUCCAGCACCAGCUAUUGAUCAAAAUGCUUUGAUUGAAACUUUCGCUAAAUUAUGCGCUAUUACGCUCAACACUAAGACUGAAAAACCUAACAAAGAUAUCCAACGUUCGCUAAGCCACAAGUCACUGCAAUGUGAAGGCGUAUCGAGACAAACCUGUAACGAUGUCGACCACCACCCCGUGAAAUUGACCAGUCAUGAAAAUUCGCAAGGCAAUAUACCCUUGUCAUUAGCCCGAAGCCAGGAGGACAAUAGCGGACGAAUUCGUAGUCGAGACAACGUUGCCACGUCUCACUCGCAGCUAGCACAAGCCAGGGGCAGAAGUUCCUACUGCGUCCCCUAUGACAAAGAAAACACUCUCAGAGAACAGCAACGGCAUAGAGAACAGUACACCAGCAAACUUAAUAUUAGCGGAUCAAAGAUGCACACCUUGGCAGACGAUAGACGACGUGAAUAUGCUCCCAGACCUUCUCCAACCAGGAGCGUUCUCAACCAAUCUUACACGGGGUACAGGGGACACCACCCCAACCGGGAUCCCCUUAGAGAAUGUGACUAUCGUAGAGAUGAUAGAGAAUAUGAUCGCGAUAUAGAACUCAAUAGAGACUACGAUCGAGUUAUUGAACCAAAUAGAGAAAGAACCUAUGAAGAUGAAAAGAAAAGACUCUACAACCAAACCAGUAGGAGCUAUGAUGUCCACCGGAACUCUUACGCGGAGGACGACAGACAACACAGAACUACAAGGAGUGACAAUCAUAGAGAUAGGUGCAAUGACGAAAGACGAUAUGACGACAGAUACCGAAAGAGGUGCGAAGAAAUGGAAAGACGGGAUAAGUAUUACGAAGACAAGCCGAUUGUUACUCGCGAUCGCAACUACCACAUGUAUAAAGAAAGCAGAGAUCGCCGAAUUAAGAAAAAUUUGGAGAGAUUUGAAAGAGCUUCUGUUACAUCGAGGGACGAGGAAUUUAAAGAACGGUCUUCUGAAAGAGAAAGGGAUUCUGGGCUUAGUGUUGCGGAUGGUGAGAGUACCGCCAGUGCCCGAAGCAACUAUUUAAGAUUAGUAAAGCAAGAAAUUAUGGAGCAAAGGGAAGCCAUGGACAAGAUGAUGAACUUAUGGAAGGAGUUGAUGCGAUGCUUUAAGAGCUAUUCACAAACAUCGGGGGAGAAAGCUGUAACUGAAUCGGCUGCGAACAAUGCCCGCGACUCUGCGGCCGCUCAACUCCGGUUGUGGCGCGAGUGCAUGCGCCGCUACGAGACCGUGGCGCGGGACGUCGGCGACACGGACGCGAGGCUCAUACAGACCACGGAGGAGAUCAACAAACAACGGUCGGAGAUGGCAGAGAUGGCCACCAUGUGGCAGGAGUGCUUACAGCGGUACCGCGAGAUGAGUAAUGACUUCAACAGCCUCAAGCAGAAGGUAGGCUUUGAAAUGUUAUUUGUGAUGCAGUUGGCCACGCCGGCAGCCUCAGGACCCGUGCUCUCGCCUCCGGUGUGCGCAGAGGGCGAGGGCGCUGCGCCGUCCGCCGCCUACUGCCAGCCCGCAUACCCCCCGCCGAUGGUGGCACCUGGUUACGUGGGUGGGUCGCCUGUCCGAGCGCGCGCAUCAGCGCCCGCGCCGCCCCCGUGGUGGUGGAACGAGCCGGGGCAGGCUCGCGCGCCCCCCACGCGUCGCUCGUCGCCCGAGUCGCGUGGCUCGUGCGACCGGCACCGGGACCGGGACCGCGAGCGCCGUCGACACAAGGAACGCGAGCGAGAAGAUACGAAAUACAAGGACAAGUCUAAACCCAGUGCAGCUCGAUCCGAACAUAGGCGCAGAAAAAGAUAAUAAAUAAUACAAACAUAAAACUAUCGACA